AUGGAACUUCGCUGCCUGGUGGCCGUGCUCCUGGGUCUCUGUGAAGUGCGCUCCAUUUGGUGGCCCCACCAGCAUCCGUUGGAGGAGCAGCUAGCCACCCAGAUAGCCGCCACUCUCCGGAAGAUUUUCACCAACGGCCUGGCGGCGGAGAACUUGAGUGUCUUCAUUAGCACUGACUACGAGCAGAUGGACAGGGAGCGGGUGAUUCUGGUGCAUCGCGUGCUCUAUCGCAGCUUAUACCAGCCGAAUGCUCCAGUGCCCGUUCUCCUGGCCGCCAAAAUGAACCGGAGAAUGACAGCCCACAUCUUCAGCCAGUUGCUCUUCGUGCAGAAUGCCGAGCAGGCCAUAGCCAUAGCCGAGGGAGUGAACCGGAAUAUGCUGUGCAUCAUCGUCUUGCUGACAUCCCAGGCGCAGCGACCCAUCAUGACGAGGAUCUUCACGUACUUCAUGCAGGAGCGCUACAACAUCAACGUGGUGAUCCUGGUGCCCGGCGUGCAGGGCGUCCGGGCCUUCAAUGUCCGGCCGUACACCCCCGCCAGCUGCUCGAGCGUGGAGCCCGUGGAGACGGACCUGAAGGAUGGCGGUGUGUGGGACGUGUUUCCGAGCCGCUUGAAGAACCUACACGGCUGUCCAUUGAGCGUGAUCGUGUGGGACAUACCGCCCUACAUGCGAGUAAACUGGCAGAGUAGCGAUCCCAUGGACGGACUGGCCGGACUGGAUGGGCUGCUGCUGCGGAUCGUGGCGCGCAAGAUGAACUUCACGCUGAAGCUGAUGGCCAACGAGCCGAGUGGCCUGAUUGGUGGCUUCAGUUUCAUGAACGGCACCUUCACGGGCGCCUACAAAAUGCUGAGGGAGCGCAGGGCCAACCUCACCAUUGGAUGUGCUGCCUGCACCCCGGAGAGAUCCACCUUCCUGGAGUCCACCAGUCCGUACAGCCAGAUGGCCUACAUCAUCGUGAUGCGCGCCCGGGGCGGCUAUAGUAUCUAUGAGGUCAUGCUGUUCCCCUUCGAGAAGGGCACCUGGCUGGUGGUCAGCACGGUGUUGGGUGUGCAGUGGAUGGUGGGCAGUCGUUGGCGAAUGCCAUCGCCCAUUUUGGCCGGCUGGAUGCUGUGGAUCUUUGUGAUUCGGGCCAGCUACGAGGCAUCCGUGUUCAACUUCAUACACAACUCACCGGUGAAGCCGUCGCCGCGCACCUUGGAGCAGGCGCUGAAUGGUGGCUUCCGUUUCAUCACCGACCACGCCACCUACCGGAUGACCCUGCAGAUACCUGCUUUUCAGGGCAAAACUUCGAUAUCCGCGGGACAGCCGGUGGACGUGUUCGAUGCUCUCUUGAAGGCGCCCUGGAGAACAGGCGCCUUCACCAGUCGCGCCUUCCUGGCCGCCCACUUGGUUGGGCACAGGAGCCAUCGCAACCAGCUGCUGAUCCUGGGCGAAAAGAUCAUUGACAACAUGCUCUGCGUGUACUUCCCCCAGGGCUCCUACUUCGCCUGGGAGAUCAACAAUCUGCUCUUCAACAUGCGCAGCUUUGGCCUUUUCCAGCACCACUCGCAGAUCCUCGCCUGGAACAGCAUGCCCACCACCACGGACACGGAUUCGCCGGGUAGGAGCAUUCACUCCCCCAAGGAGAGUGCGGCCAGGGGGUUUGCCGAGUCCAUGAGCUUCGUCCUGGCGGCUCUGAACUGCUUGAUGGGCGCGCUCUGCGUUUCCAUGGCGGUCUUUGGUCUGGAGCUGCUGAGCCACAGACGCCGCUGGACGGGAUUAGCAUGGCUAUUUGAAAGGGUUUGA